AUGAGUUUUUCGCGACGGGAGUGUGUUUGGGCCUUCCGUCCUCCCUGCGGCCACGGGGAGGGCCCUGAGGAGCGUCGCAGCAGGGACCCCAAGUCGUCGGUGAGGGCGCCCCCGAAGAAGGCUGGCGGCGGCGGCAAGUUCACCCUCGGCAGGCCAGGCGACGAGGGCGCCGCAGGCGACGAACGCGCCUACGACGAGAGGCGCACAGACCCGGAGGACGGCGAGGCAUACACGUUCGACGAACUCAUGGACUAUUACAGAGGUCAGUACAAGAAAAAGGCCCUGGAGGAGUACUGGGAGAACGAGUGCGCGCCUCUGCGGAAGAAGAAAACUAAGGGGAAGCCUGCUGCUAAGGUCGAGGUCGGUGCCAGCCCCGCAAUCCCAGAGCCGACCCCGAAGUCCAAGGCAAAGUUUAAGACGCAGGCCAAGAAGUUGAGCGCAGAGGAUCUCGAGACCGACGGCCCUCUGGCGAGAGAGAUUGCCCCUGUCAUCCCUUUUUUCCCCUUUAAGCAGAUCGAAAGGUUCUACGACAUCCAGGGCCUUCUCAAGCACCCGAAGCUGUUGAACGCGGCAUGUGCGCUCAUGGCCAAACGAUUUCGCAAGCUAGGGGCAACCAAGGUGGCCGCGUUCGAGGCCCGGGGUUUCUUGUUCACGCUGGUCGCCAUCAAGAUGGGCGUGCCUUUCGUCAUGCUGAGAAAGUCAGGGAAGAUGCCCAACACCAUCUCGAGCGCCCCGUACACUAAAGAAUACGCUGGCGUAGACUCGAUCUGCAUUCAGAAGGACAUCGUCGCCCCUGGCGACAAGGUGGUCCUUCUGGACGACCUAGUUGCCACAGGCGGCACCAUGUGCGCAGGAGUCGAGCUGAUGAAGGCAUGCGAGGCGGAGGUCGUGGAGUGCGCGUGCAUGGUGGAGCUCAGGGCGCUGAAGGGGCGGGAGCGGCUGAUGAAGGCUGGCGCCAAGGCCGUGUGGGCCAUGAUGACGGAGGAGCUGCUCACUACAGCCGCGGCCCUCCCGGAAGGCUACGUGGACGACGGCGAAGCGCAUUGA